GAGUAAUCCUCGUCCAUUAGUAGUAUUUUUCAUUGAGUGCACCAUUUUUGUCGUAUGUGCGUGCUUUCUGCGAGGACUUUAGAACAACGUUUCGCAACUAGAACUAGAAGUUAGAAGAACCACGACGACACUUCGCAAAAUAAAAAGAUGCUUCCAGCCUCAUCAGCCGCGCCCGGGCGCGGCACCAGACCUUCUGGAGCUGGUGCAUCAGCAACUUUUCACCUACCUCCUGCGGCAGCUUCCGCCAACAGCAGCCUUGUGCCACCGCCGGCUUACACGACAGUGCCGCAACUGACGGGAUUCAAGCCGGUAGCUGUACAUGUUUUUUUGCAGCAUAACGAUGAAGACGAGAGCAGAUCUGUUUAUAUCUUCUCAAAGUGCAGCUGGUCUUACUCUCGCCCUGCUCAAAUUAUUUCUUUCAAUCGCAUCUUCAAUGCCGAUGGUCUAAGUGUGUAUCUUUGCGAGAAUAAAUGAACCUUCGCGAUAUGCAAAUGUUUGAAGAGACAUGAAAUCGUUACCACGACCAGGUCCAGUCGCACCCUUUUGUCCAGCGGAGCCUCAGUCCGGAAUUUCUGCAGUCGCAGAGCAAAAAGCUGGAAGAAAAACUCCUUCAAGUGGAUGAUUCCGUGAAACUCGCGAAGGAUUCCAAAACGCAAGCGGUCCAGACACGCCAGGAGGCGGAAAAUGUCUACGCGCAAACGAGGAAACUGAUGGAAGAGUUCGUGCGGGACUGGAACCAGAAGUCCGCCUUUUCUGCGCAAAACUAAGAAACGGAUUUUUCAGGAUAUUCUCCAAUGUCGAGCUUUUGCGCUGUUGUCGAGGUCGAUGGUGCGGAGAUGAAAUUUCCACUUGUACAAAACCGACUGCUUGAUCAUAUGAAAGAAGGGAACACGACCUACAUGAUGUUGAACUGCAAAUAUUAAAUAUUUAUUGUAUUCAGCAACUACUGGUGGUGAUGGUCGUGUCGUGACAGACUAUAUCAGAUCAUCCAUGGCAAGGAAACUGCUAUCGAGGAAGCGGAAGGGAUUUUCAGCGUGCCGUCUUGUCCUUCCCGCCUCUUUCUAUCAAGUACUACAGAAGGACGUAGCUUCUUCUAGAAGUAAUUUUGAUCUUCACAUAGCCUGUUUCUGCUGGUUUUGUUUCUGCUUCACAUUCUGCCCAAAAUGAACUUCUUGUACCGAAUUGUUUCGAAUUCUUGUAUCAGCUGCUUCUUCUAUUUGAUCAGUGUAUACAUAGUACGAUGUUGUAGUUGAAGUCCUGCGAUAAGGAUGAAACAAAG